GGGGCGCCCGGGUUGAAGACUCCCACAGCAGGUAGCCGCAAAAGGCGGGGUGGCUGCGUUUGUGGAGUGAGACAGUUGCCAACAGCUGGUUCAGCUGCGGCGCUGCGCACGAGGACUGGCGAGUACGCAGCCCAGGUACUGCCCCUUCCCGGUGACGUCUCUGCAGAGGGUUAUAAAAGCCUCGCGCGCAGGCUGCCGAGGUUCGGCUAACUCCCAAGCCCAGCAGGACCCGAGCCAAAGAGGCGCCUGCGAAGCUGCAGGCGACGGCGGCGGCGGCAGCGCAACAAAAACGAAGGAAAAAUCUCCAGACAGACAAGGGGCCCCAGAAUCCCCGCCAUAGACUCAGAACUUUUACAGGUCGCUCUGUGACGAACACCCUCCCCUUCGCCCUGUAAGUCCUCCUGCACAACAGGGCUUUGCAUUUCCCGCUGCAAGCAGAGGGAACAGGAGUUGCAAGCAGCAGCAGGUGCAGAACGGCCGGGGUCUCCUGCUUCCCAGAACCGUGACCGUGGAAUUUCUUUCCUUUUUCCAGUCCCACGCAAUAGAGACGCUGUCUCCGGAUUUCUGAACUCAAAUGCUUCCUGAUGCUUGAAAGUGGGGGAAUUCAGAGCCACGGGAAGCAGACAGCGCAUCUAGAGGCGUUUAUCUUCUGAGCGCCAACUCUCCUGCUUGCAAGGAAAGAGUUCUGCCCAGAAAGAGCCUGCAGCCUUCCUGUCUUGGUUAAGCAGGACCCUGACCCCAGCCGUCAGCCUCAGGGCCUGCUGCAAAGGCGGAGUGUGUGCAGAGAGGUGGGCAUAACCACUUAGCGGAGGAAUGGAUAACGUCCUCCAGGUAGACUCCGACCUCUUCCCAAAUAUCUCCACCAACACCUCGGAGCCCAACCAGUUCGUGCAACCGGCCUGGCAAAUUGUCCUUUGGGCAGCUGCCUAUACGGUAAUCGUGGUGACCUCCGUCGUGGGCAACGUGGUGGUGAUGUGGAUCAUCCUGGCCCAUAAGAGAAUGAGGACAGUGACUAACUAUUUCCUGGUGAACCUGGCUUUCGCAGAGGCAUCCAUGGCGGCAUUCAACACAGUGGUGAACUUCACCUACGCUGUCCACAACGAGUGGUACUACGGCCUGUUCUACUGCAAGUUCCACAACUUCUUCCCCAUCGCCGCUGUCUUCGCCAGCAUCUACUCGAUGACGGCUGUGGCCUUUGAUAGGUACAUGGCCAUCAUCCAUCCCCUCCAGCCCCGGCUGUCAGCCACAGCCACCAAGGUGGUCAUCUGUGUCAUCUGGGUCCUGGCUCUCCUACUGGCCUUCCCCCAGGGCUACUACUCAACCACAGAGACCAUGCCCAACAGAGUGGUGUGCAUGAUUGAAUGGCCGGAGCAUCCUGACAAGAUUUACGAGAAAGUGUACCACAUCUGCGUGACUGUGCUGAUCUACUUCCUCCCCUUGCUGGUGAUCGGCUAUGCGUACACCGUGGUGGGAAUCACACUGUGGGCCAGCGAGAUCCCUGGGGACUCAUCUGACCGUUACCACGAGCAGGUCUCUGCCAAGCGCAAGGUGGUCAAGAUGAUGAUCGUCGUGGUAUGCACCUUUGCCAUCUGCUGGCUGCCCUUCCACAUCUUCUUCCUCCUGCCCUACAUCAACCCUGACCUCUACCUGGAGAAGUUCAUUCAGCAGGUCUACCUGGCUAUCAUGUGGCUGGCCAUGAGCUCCACCAUGUACAACCCCAUCAUCUACUGCUGCCUCAACGACAGGUUCCGUCUGGGCUUCAAGCAUGCCUUCCGGUGCUGCCCCUUUAUCAGUGCCGGCGACUACGAGGGGCUCGAAAUGAAAUCCACCCGCUACCUCCAAACCCAGGGCAGCGUGUAUAAGGUCAGUCGCCUGGAGACCACCAUCUCCACCGUGGUGGGGGCCCACGAGGAGGAGCUGGAGGAGGGUCCCAAGACCAUACCCUCUUCCCUAGACCUGGCCUCCAAUGGCUCCUCUCGCAGCGACUCCAAGACCAUGACAGAGAGCUUCAGCUUCUACUCCAACAUGCUCUCCUAGACCACGUGUCCUCAGCGGGGGCCGCCGCCCGCCAUC